AUGGCGUUCAACUUCAAGGCGAUCAAAAAAAUACCUCUUUCGUUGAUUGACGUGGUUCUAUCCAAGACACAAAGGAAGACACCAACUGUAAUCCGCAACAAACAUCCGCUGCCAAAAAUAAGAUCAUUCUACACAAGAAAAGUUAAGUUCACGGGAGCAGAGUAUGCUAUGCAAUUGGAGACUAUCAUAAAUUCAUUUCCACAUGUUGAGGACAUCCAUCCAUUCUAUAAUGACCUGAUAAAUGUCCUUUAUGACAAGUCACAUUUCAAAAUGGCACUAGGACAUCUUAACAGCACCAAGAAGAACGUUGAGAGCAUCACGAAUGAGUAUGUGAGGCUUAUAAAGUAUGGAACGAGUCUUUAUGGCUGUAAGCAACUGAAAAGAGCAGGACUGGGAAAAAUGACCAGUUUGGUAAAGAGGCUGAAGCCAACACUGGAAUAUUUGGAAGAAGUCAGACAGCACAUGAGCAGACUGCCGCAAAUAGACCCUGAGUGUCGUACAGUUCUUCUUUGCGGCUUGCCAAACACGGGUAAAAGUAGCUUCAUGAACUGCGUUUCCAAGGCGCAUGUGGAUGUUCAACCCUACGCGUUCACCACCCGAUCGCUUUUUGUCGGGCAUUUCGAGUACAAUUACUUGAGCUGGCAGAUUGUGGAUACACCGGGUGUGUUGGAUCAUGCGUUGGAAGAGAUGAACACCAUAGAAAUGCAGAGUGUGACCGCUUUGGCACAUUUGAAUUCAAUCGUUCUGUUUUUCCUGGAUGUUUCUGAGCAGUGCGGAUACUCGGUCGAUCAGCAAAUAAGUCUGUACAAUUCGAUAGCACCGCUAAUUGAUAGACGAAUGCUAAUCGUGUUGAGUAAGUGCGAUUUGAAGUCACCGAGCACAGCAAAGAGUACGAAAAUUGAGCAUCUUGAUUUGAAGGAUGAGAUUAAAUACUUUCUGGAUGGCAAGCAGUACGCGUUUCUCAGUGUUUUUGAUCCUGAGAGUGUCGAAAAGGUCAAACGGAUAGCAUGUGACUCACAUUUGGAAAAGUCUUUGGAGAUCAAGCUGCAAAAGAACCUGGAGCCAAUACUUAAUCGUAUAAAUGUGCACGAACCACCCUCACACAGACCAAAAGAGGAGUGCAUGUUGAGAAGCAGUGAUGAAAAAAUAAUCACCGAGAGAGACCUGGCAAAGGACAAUCUCGACUAUUACUUUGAUGAGAACAAGAACUAUUUGGUGAAUGAGGAUGAGAAAUAUGAUGUUAUGCCAGAAAUAUACAACGGCAAAAAUGUGAUGGAUUUCGUUGAUGUCAAUAUACUGGACAAGGUUGAAAGCAUGGAUAGAUAUCUACCCAUUAGAGACUACGAUGUCUUUGAUGAUAAUAUCAAGAAGGAAAUUGACAAAAGAAUCAGAGUCAAGCAGGAACACACGCGGAACAAACUUAGGGCCACACUGCCUGAGAGAUUCAAAAACAACCCAAGGAAAAAGUACUCUACGUGCAAGGAAGCUGAGCCAAAAAAGAGAGGACCGAAGCAGUUCGUUGAGAAGCAGAAACCGAUGGAAUACGACCGCAAGCCCAAGCAUUUAUACAGGUGAGCAUUGUUUCAUGGUUUUUUAAUAAAUUUAUUGCUAUGACUAGCUGCGCACGUUUUGAUCUAUUUAAUCCUGCUGGCUAAGCGGUGCUAAGACAUUUUAAUUGCUUAUAGUGCUGUUAUUCGAGGUUAAUGCGUUAUAUAAUGUUGUGAGGAGUGGAUAAUUGCGGUGAUUACAAUGUAAGAGUCAGACAAGUGUAUUAAUAUGCGUGUUGUUGUAUGGGAGAUACGGUUAACUUUUAGUAAAAAGAAGAUCGCGGUUUAUGGUUUAUUGUUUGAAUGACCGGCCUGCAAUUACGGCAUGAACUUCCUUUGACUCCCGAUAUCUGUCCGAGUUGCACAUAGCGUGUCAGCUGAUAACAUCUGUAAAGCAUCUAUGUUUAGAAUUACAGGCUAUGUUACGUGCGUUU